AUGAAUGAGGUGCUUCAAUCGCUGCAGAUCCGAGAAUGCGACUUAGCCUGUGAAUUGAAAGGACGAGAGAAAGAGGUCCGUUUAUUAACGGUCGCUUUUAAGAAAUCCAUUACAACGCCGGGUGGACCGGGACAUCUGCACUACGUGGCUGGACAGCCGGGUACGGGAAAAACAUUGACCGUUAAAUAUGUGCUAAAGAGAUUGACUAGAGAUGGCUUAAAAUUCCGAAUGGGUGAAGUCAAUAUACUUCGGAUGGCGAGUAGUACAAUGAUCUUUCGCGAGCUGUAUAAACUGGCGCUACCGAAAAAAUCACUCGCUGGUGAUUAUUACACGGAAUUAGGCAAAUACAUGAAGAAAAAGAGGAUGUCACUGAAGAUACGACUUGUAGGGAUGUCACUGAAGAUAGUACUGGUGAUCGAUGAGUUCGACAAUUUGAAUUUCCGAAAUCGGGCUUUUAACGAGAAGCUCUACGAGGUGUUCGAUUGGACUCACUUGCCCAAUGCUGCAUUAACCGUUAUAUGUAUUGCUAACACUAUUGCGCUACCGGAUACCAUUGUUCCAAGAUGUAGUAGUAGAUUAGGCAAUGGUUCUAUCAUAUUUCCGGCGUAUACUUGGCAGCAAUUGUAUGACGUGGUUAUGGAGCGGUCUGGUGGCAAGAUACUCUCAUUAUUCGAUGAAACGGCGCUGCAAUUGAGGAACUGGGAGCGGAGAGCAGGUGCCAACGAGAACACGCAGGGCCAUAUCACGUAA